AUGAGUCGUUUCAGUAAUAUAAACAAGCACAUGGUGACGCUUUUAAUUCUGAUGAUGUGGGUUGGUGAGUUCUCAUCUGUUAUUACUGUUGAUGCUACGAGGCAUGUUCGAAUUAUAAACGAAUUGGGUGAAGGUUAUGUACUGACGAUUCAUUGCAAAUCAAAGGAUGAUGAUUUGGGUGUGCAUGACCUUUCCUAUCAAAAGUAUUUUGAGUGGGGUUUCCAUGAUAACUUGUGGGGAACUACACUCUUCUUUUGCCGCAUACAAUGGAGAAAUGCAGAUGUGUAUUUUGAUAUUUAUGAUGAAAAGAGGGAUCGAUUUGGUUGUUGUGAGCACUGGUGGGCUGCAAAAAUGGAUGCGCUUUAUUCUGUGAACCCCAAAACUGGUGCAGCUACUAAAGCUUGGCUUCGCUGGCAUGGCAAUUGA